AGAUUAUGCAAUAAAAUAAUCCAAUAUAGAUACAUGUUGAAGAUACUAAUGCAGAAGCUACAAUAGCAAAAAUGUAAUAAAUUUAACUAUAAUAGAUCUGCUAUCAAGCAUAAAUAUUUCAAAGAUGAAUUCUCAGAAGAAUUUGUUAAAGGUACUUCUAAAAAAGAUGUUCUUAUUCAUAGAGGUUAUUGGUGUAGAUUUAAUAUAUUCCAUCGAAUAGUUUCUACAUAUAUCAACAAAUAAUAAAAAUGUAAUAUAAUAUCCCUUGGAUCUGGUUAUGAUACUCUUCCCUUUAUUAUGUGGCAAACUUAUCCAAAUAAUUAAUUUACAUAUGUUGAAGUAGAUUUACCUGUUGUAGUUGAUAGAAAAAUUAAGAAACUACAAGAAUCAAAUAAACUUAAAACAUUAUUGGGAGAAAUUAUUAUAUCACAAAAUUAAUUCUCUGCAAAAUCACAAAAUAAAAAUUAUUUAUUAUUUGGAGAAGAUUUAUGUAAUACUGAAUAAUUAUCUAAAUAAUUAUAAUCUAUUGAUUAAACUAUUCCAACUUUAGUUUAUGCAGAAUGUGUAUUAACUUAUAUUAAAACUGAUGCCACUAAUCGAUUAUUAGAUGGAUUAACUAAAUGGUUUCCAUAAUUAACAUUUUUAAACUAUGAAAUGUUUAAUCCAAGUGAUUAAUUUGGUAAAAUGAUGGUUAGAAAUUUUGAAGUAAAAUUAAUUAUUAUAUUUCAAGUUUAGAGGCUGUCCAUUAGUUGGAAUUGAAGCAUUUCCAUCUUUAUAAGCUCAUAAAGAUAGAUUAACUUAAUGGUUUAACUAUGUAGAAAUUCAUGAUAUGAAAACUUUAUAUCAUAUAGGCACUGAUCCUGAAGAAAGAAAAAGAAUUGAGAAAUUAGAAUUAAUGGACGAAUGGGAAGAAUGGAACAUUAUGUAAAGUCAUUAUUUGGUAUCCCUUGCUAAUAAAAAUCAAAAUGAUCUUAUUGUAAGUUUAAAAGCUUGA